CUGAGAAGGCACAUUAUGAAGGUUUUCUCGAUUUGGGCUUUGGCAGCUCUUUGCCUUUGCCUCGGCCAAGUGGCCACCAGCGAAAAGCUCAUCAACUGCUACUGGGGCACCUGGGCCAACUAUCGUCCCGGCGAUGGCAAGUUCACCCCCUCGGACAUCGAUCCCUCCCUGUGCACCCACAUCAGCUACACCUUCUUCGGAAUCAGCGAUGCCGGCGAGUUCAAGUCCCUGGACACCUGGCUGGACAUGGACGAUGGACUGGGCUACAUUAGCCAGACGAUUGCCCUGAAGCAGCGUAAUCCCAAUCUGAAGAUUCUGGCUGUGGUGGGCGGCUGGAACGAGGGUUCCGAGAAGUACUCAGCCAUGGCCGCCGAUCCUGCCAAGCGUGCCACCUUUGUGACCACCUCCCUGGCCUUCAUUCAGCAGUAUGGCUUCGAUGGUCUGGAUUUGGAUUGGGAGUAUCCUGGUCAGCGAGGAGGCAGCGAUGCGGAUCGCGUUAACUUUGUGACCCUGCUGCGUGAGAUUAAGGAAACUUAUGACAAGUAUGGAUUGGAACUGGGUAUUGCCGUGGGUGCCUCCGAGAAGUCGGCCAGCAUCUCCUACGACAUUCCGGCCAUUUCCCAGCACCUGACCUUCAUCAAUGUGAUGACCUACGACUUCCACAUGGCUCUGGAUGGCUACUUGGGUCUCAAUGCUCCUCUGCCCGAGGUCACCGAAUCCAUUGACUACUGGCUUUCGCAUGGUGCCCCCGCCGAGAAACUGAUCCUGGGCAUUGGCUUCUAUGGUCAUAGCUACCAGAUGUCCGAUAGUUCUCAAAACUGGCCUGGAGCCGCUUGCAUUGGUCCCGGAACUGCUGGCGUCUACACCCGGGAGAAUGGCUUCCUGGGCUACCACGAGAUCUGCCUGAACAACUGGAACACCGUUUUCGAUCAGGAGAACGGUGCUCCGUAUGCCUACCAGGGCGACCAAUGGAUCGGCUAUGACAACCCCGAGAGCAUCCAGAUGAAGAUGCAGCUGGUGGAGUCCCGCAACCUGGGAGGCGCCAUGAUGUGGUCCAUCGAGACUGAUGACUUCCGUGGCCUCUGCGGAGAGUCCUAUCCCCUGCUGAAGACCAUGAACCGCGCUCUGGGAAAGGAGGUUAGCGGCGGAGGAGGAGGAAGUGUAACCCCCUCGCCAACUUCUGCUCCCACUGCUGGCACCACGCCCACACCCACUCCCGGUGGAGGAGGAAGUGGAGGUGGUGGCUCCACUGGAGACUGCGCAUCUACCGCAAAUGGUCACUACAUGACCGUUGGCGACUGCAACAAGUACUACCAGUGCACCGAUGGCGUCCGUUACGACUUCCAAUGCGGAGCGGGACUGUACUUUAAUACCAACACCCAAAUCUGCGACUGGCCGGCUAAUGUCGCUUGUCCCUAUUAAAUAAACAGCAAAUGAAAAUAUACCAGCAUUUUGAAUAAUCAAAAAAUAUA